AUGAUAAUAAAAUAAUUUAUGUAUUGUUAUGAUUUAAAUUAGAGGUGGAGUAGUUUACAAUAAGUAAGGUUAGAAGAUAGGUAAAUGGGUUGAACUGGAUGACGAAUUUUAGAAGUAUAUAGUUAAUUAAGAUUUUUUGUAGCCAAAGUCAAGUAACUUAUAGUGGCUAAUAUAUGAAUGGGUAAAAAGUUGGUUUAUGGGAUACCAUUUAUAAAAGGAUGGAUUAAUUGGAUAGGAUGUAAUUGUUCAUUUUGAUAAAGCAUUAAAAUAGAGGGGGAAGGUCAUAUGUGUAUAAAAAGGAGGGAUUUGAUUUAAAUUUUAAGAAAGUUGGGAUAUGGAUAGAAUUGACAGAUGGAUUUUUGGGGUAUUAAUGUCAAGCAAUUGUUACAUUAUUAGUAAAAGUUGGGUGAUUUAAUGUGGUGAAUAUAAAAAUUGUCGAAAAAUUGAUAAAUGGGUUAAUUUUUGGAGGAAAAAUUAAUAUCAAUAAUUUAAAUAAAUGUAACAAAAAGAAUAUUUAUAUUUCUAGAAUUCCAAAUAGUAGUGACGGCUCUUAUGAUGACAAACCAGAAGAUUAAGAUACUCAAGUUUCAAUUAAAAUUGGAUAGAAUUUAGAAAUUGUCAAGAGUAUUUUUAUUAUGAUUAUGUAAUUAGCGAUUGUUUAGUUCUGUUAAUAUAAUAGAGGUAAAUAAGUUGAUAGAUGGGAUGCGCUUUUUUAAGAUGAAUAGAUGUAUAAUAAAAAUUAAACUUUAAUUAUUUAAAAAAUGCCAAAUAAAAAUAGAGGCGAAGGAUCUUAUGAUGACAAACUAGGAAAUGAAAUUAAGUUUGGAAAUCGGAUAGAAUUUAGUGAAGGAUUUUAAAUGUAUUUUUUUUUGGUUGAUUUUAUAUAUUUUUAGAGAUAGGGAAGUCACUUAUAAUGGGGAAUAUUAAAAUGAAAGUAGAAUUGGUAAGGGAUACUUUCUAUUAAGACGAAUAGAUGUAAAAUAAAUUAUAUAAAAUAUUUAUUUAACUCAAAAAUUAGAAAUAAAAACAGUGGGGGUGAAUCUUAUGAUAAAGAAUAAAGAUCGGAUAAUAUUAUAAGUCAAAUAAAAUCGGGAAAUGGAUUGA